AUGCUGUGCAGCACUGAUGCUCAUCGACUGUGCUCGUCUACGCUCAGAGCUCAAGCCUUCUUGGAGAAGUUAUACAGAGACGCGAUGGCUAAAGACGAGCCAUUGGAAGUUGGAGUGUGUCAACUAAAACAAUGGCGUGAUCGUUGCGCUGAAAAAUAUCCUGAUCUAAAGAAUGCCCUCGACGAAUGCAACGCAAGAGUCAGUUCACGCAAGGAAACCGCUGAAACAUGCGUUCCAGGUUAG